AUGGCUCCUCCUAGUGUAUUGAUGGUCGGUACCGGCGAGUACACCACUGGCUUCGUCGGUGGAAGUGCUUCAACAUCAGACAAAAAAGUUGGUGUAGUCGGCUUGAGCUUAUUCGAUCUGCGCCGUCAAGGCAAAGUGGGCGACUUGAGCAUGGUGGGCGUGUCGGGCAAGAAAUUCCCUGGUAUUCGUGAUCAUUUACAUCGGAACAUUCAUCAGGUGUACAAUAAUCUUGAUAUCUCCUUUACCUCGUACCCAGAGGACGAUCAGACUGAUCCAGACGCCUACAAGACCGCAAUUGACUCCUUACCUAAAGGCUCUGCAAUCACAAUUUUCACACCAGAUCCAACUCAUUAUCCUAUUGCCCUGUACGCAAUUGAACGCGGCAUCCAUGUAAUGAUCACUAAGCCCGCAACUCAGCGGCUGGUCGAUCACUUGGCCCUGGUAGAGGCCGCACAGAAGAAUGGUGUAUUCGUAUUCGUCGAGCACCACAAGCGCUUCGACCCGGCCUACUCAGAUGCACGCGCAAAGGCCCGCACUAUGGGUGACUUCAAUUAUUUCUACAGCUACAUGAGCCAGCCUAAGAGCCAGCUCGAGACUUUCAAGGCAUGGGCAGGCCGCGACUCGGACAUCUCGUACUACCUGAACUCACACCACAUCGAUGUUUGCGAAAGUAUGGUCCCGGAUUACAAGCCUGUGCGUGUCACAGCUACAGCUUCUCAAGGUACGGCUGCUGCACUAGGCUGUGUUCCUGAGACUGAGGACACGAUUACUCUGCUUGUGGAAUGGCGACGCAAGGACAACCCGGCCAAGAUCGCAACAGGUGUCUAUACCGCUAGCUGGACGGCACCAAUGAAUGCAGGUGUACACUCGAACCAAUACUUCCAUUAUAUGGCUGCCAAUGGCGAGAUCCGUGUGGAUCAGGCUAAGCGCGGCUACGAUGUGACCAAUGACGAACAGGGCUUGAUUUGGGUAAACCCAUUCUAUAUGCGCUAUGCGCCUGACGAAGAGGGCAACUUUGGCGGUCAAACUGGCUACGGCUAUAUCAGCUUUGAGAAGUUCAUUGAUGCAAUCACCGCCCUCAACGAAGGUCGUGUAACUCUCGACCAACUAGAUGCCCGUCCACUACCUACGCUACGAAAUACAGUCGCCACUACCGCCAUCUUGGAUGCAGGCCGAAGGUCUUUAGACGAGAGACGGCCGGUGGAAAUUGUAUCAGAGGGUGGGAAGUGGGAGCUUAAAUAG